UGAACAACUUGCAGCAACGUCCCACGCGCAUGCGCGACACACUUGCUGCCGACACGUCGCCUACGCGUCACCCGCGCGUCCGCCACACUUGGUCCACGCGCAGCAUGAGAAGCGUCGCGCUGCUCGCGCUGACGGCGUGUCAGGUGGUGCUGAGCGUGCCACGGACCGACCACUCUAGCUCCGUGUCUGACGUGGAGCGGCUGGUGCCGCUGCUGGCGAGCUCCCCCCCGCGUCCCUCCCCCGGGGUGGCGGGCGGUGUGCGGCGCGACUUCAUGCCGCUCGGCGAGAAUUCUGACAUGGUGCUGCGCUACAUGCACGCGCCGCGCAGGAGGCCACCGCCGUGGCUGACGCGGCCCUAGCUCGCCUGCCCACGUCUCAUGGUCACCUAGUAAUAAUACUUAUGUACUUGUAUUGAAAUAAACUGUAUUUAUUUA